CGGCCUAGUGGGUAACCAGUGGUCACUCUGCUGCGCCCCUGGUCAGUGCAGUGCAGUGGUCACUGUAGAUUCUCUGGGCAGUGCCAGCGUGCCACGGUGAGGAUGGCACAGGGUGCUGACGGGUACCAACUCUUCAACCCUCGGGCUUACCUACAGAACAACUACACGUCGCCCAGGGCAAACUUUCAGCGAGAGGACAGCGUUGUGCCAUGGAAACUUCGUUGCUUCGCAGCCUCGUUCUCCACAGGGGAGAUCCGAGGGGAUACGCUGCUGGACAUCGGCUCCGGACCCACCUUCUACCAGGUGAUCAGCGCCUGUGACUGGUUCGGCUCCGUCAUCAUGUCUGACUAUCUGGAGGUGAACCGGGAGGAGCUGCGGCGCUGGUUGCGCGGGGAGCUCGGUGCCUUCGACUGGAGCCCCUUCAUCAAGUACGUGUGUGGCCUGGAGGGCAAGAGGGACCAGUGGCAGGCCAUGCAGCAGCGGAUGAGGGAUAGGAUUAAGGAGGUGUACCACUGCGACAUCACGCAGUUGCAGCCGCUGCAGCCGCGACUGCUGGAGCCGGUGGAUGCCAUCACCACCACCUUCUGUCUGGAGUCGGUGUGCCGGGAUAAGGAGGCGCUGCAGCAGGCUCUGGCCAACAUCACGUCGUUGCUGAGAUCCGGCGGCUCGCUGCUGAUGGUCGGCGCGCUGGGCGAGUCCUACUACCUGGCGGGCGAGGCCAAGCUCCCCGUGGUCCCGCUCGAUGAGGCGUAUGUGCGGGAGGCGGUGGGCAACGCCGGCUACAACAUCCGCGUCUUCAAGACCUACAACAUGCCGCCCGAGCUACAGACCGGCGUGGACGAUGUGAGCGGCGUCUUUUACCUCCAGGCUCAGAAGCUGUGAGCGGCGCUACCCUCCCUCCCCUUCACAAUGCAGGGAAAUAGUAUAUACUCCCCUUAGGCCACUCUGCCCAUCCCCUGCCUGCAAUCCCAUCUGUCUCCUCCCCCUUUCCUAUGUUCCCUCCAAACCUGCAGUCUGCUCACGUAUAGGCUUUUGACUGGAUAGCAAAUGCUUCCCACUGUACCUCGGCGCACGUAACCCUCUGCUCCCCCCUCCUCCCCGGUCGGGGCGCAUCAGGGAGCGCCCGGGGUCUGGCACACUGUAGGCAACUUUGUUUAUUGUAUCUAUGUGUCCAUGCGCUUACUGCCGAGCCACACGGAGCGCAUUACUGACCCAGCCCGGACGGGGAAAGGCUCAGCCGCCGCUCCUGAUCCGCGCCGCAGCCGCCAGCGUCUCCCGGUCUUUAUUGUUUCAACGCCACGGCCCGGAAACUAAACCCUCCCCUCCUCGUAACUGCACCACCCGUGUAGUGGAGGGAUGGCCCUGCACCCCGGCGCGCUGUCCAGCUGUUCCAGCUGUGUGUAAUUGCAACGUGUUGUGACUUUGUGCAAUGUGGGCAGCUGUGUCCAGCUGUGCUGUGUCCGGCCUUGCUCAAUGCGCUGCUUACAAAGCUUCACCCGCCUCGCGUGUGUGUGUGAACAAGACAUGGUGUGAGGUUGUACAGAAUAAAGGCAGAGUUAAAACUCA